CUGUCACUGGCCGCCUGCGCAACGUCCUUCAUUCACCUCGCUUUCUAGCCCGAAGUCGUCCCGCCCCCACAUUCUUAUAAAAACUCGCCCAUCCGCGGGCUUGCCUCGCUCUCCACCAAGAUCGCAAACUUUGACACCACUCCAACGACGGCAUGCGCGUUCAGCGACUUGCUCUCGGCCUGGUCGCCUUCACGGGCUUCACCAUUGCAGCCCCCGCCCCUCUCGAUCUUGUUGUGCGUGACAACUUCUCUACGGACAAUUGCCCCGGUUACGAGGCGUCGAACGUGGAGAAGACUGACUCGACUAUUACCGCGGAUCUUACCCUUGCUGGCGAUGCCUGCAAUGUGUACAGCCCUGAUAUCAAGGACCUGCGACUCGUUGUCGAGUACCAGUCGAAGGACCGCCUGCACGUCAAGAUCUUCGAUAAGGAUGAGCAGGUGUACCAAGUGCAGGAAGAGCUUGUCUCGCGUCCCCAACACGGCGAGACACCUUCCGAUGACGCUCUUCUCGAGUUCGAGUUGGUUGAGAAGCCGUUCUCUUUCAAGAUCACUCGCAAGGAGAAUGACGAGGUUCUGUUCGACACAUCCGGCCGGCAAUUGAUCUUCGAGUCGCAAUACGUAGGUCUGCGUACUAGCUUGCCCAAGAACCCUAACAUCUACGGGUUCGGGGAGCACAGCGACCCCUUCCGGCUGCCGAACGUUGACUACCAUCGCACGCUCUACAACGCAGAGUCGCCCAACCUGCCCACUAACGUCAAUCUCUACGGCUCUCACCCAGUCUACUUUGACCACCGUGGAGACAAGGGCACCCACGGCGUCUUCAUGCUUAACGCAAACGGCAUGAAGGUUGACCUGAACGUGACCGAGUCUGGUGAUCAGUACCUCCAGUACAACGCCAUCGGAGGUAUCAUCGAUCUUUACUUUUUGGCAGGCAAGCAACCUGCAGAGGUAUCCAAGCAGUAUGCCGACACCGUUGGCUACUCUGCGAUGUUCCCCUACUGGACCUUCGGCUUCCACCAGUGCAAGUACGGUUACUGGGAUGUCAACAUGGUCGCAGAGGUCGUCGGCAACUACUCCACUGCAGGCAUUCCCUUGGAGGUCAUGUGGACGGAUAUUGACUACAUGGACGGUCGCCAGGACUUCACCACCGACCCCGAGCGCUUCCCCAUCGCUAAGAUGCGCGAACUUGUGUCCACUCUCCACUCUCGCGGCCAGCGCUACGUUCUUAUCCUUGACCCUGCAAUUCACUUCAAAGAAGGUUACAAGCCAUAUGAGCAGGGUCACGAGAUGGGUGUCUUCUACAAGAAUGAGGAUGGAUCUGACUACUUGGGCGUCCAGUGGGCCGGCACCAUGGCAUGGCCUGACUGGCUCCACCCUAACACGUCGAAGUGGUGGGCGGAGCAAAUCGCAACGACUUUCAGCGCCGACAACGGGAUCGACCUCGAUGGCAUCUGGGUUGACAUGAACGAAGCGUCCAACUUCUGUAGUGACAUCGACUGCAACCCUCUCGACGACCAGGGCAAUCCGCCAAAGGUUGAACAUGACCCGCGUCCCAACACCGGCCGCCCGAUCCCCGGCUUCCCAGAGGACUUCCAGCCGAGCCGUCGCUCGCUCACCCGCCGAGAAGACAAGUACAAGGGUCUUCCUGGUCGGGACUUGUUCGUGGCGAAGUACGAUCCCGUGAACCAACGCGGCAAUCUCUCUGGCUACACUAUCUGGACGAACAACACAAACGCCGACGGAACCAAGGUUUAUGAUACGCACAACCUUCACGGCCAUGCCAUGUCGCGCGUCACCUAUGACGCCAUGCUCGCUCGCCGUCCUGGUCUCCGACCCAUGGUCCUGACGCGCUCGACUUUUGCGGGCAGCGGCCGCAAAGCCACGCACUGGUUCGGCGACAAUGCUUCGAUCUGGGAGCACUACCGCCUGUCUAUCCGCCAGAUGCUCGCAUGGGUGUCUAUGCACCAAAUGCCGAUGGUUGGCUCAGACGUCUGUGGGUUCAACGCCGAUGCGAAUGAGCAGAUGUGCGCCCGGUGGGCACUGCUCGGUGCCUUCCAGCCUUUCUAUCGCAACCACGCCGAGAUCCACGCCAUUCAGCAAGAAUUCUACCAGUGGCCCCUCACGAUCAAGGCGGCCAAGAAGGCCAUCGACACGCGGUAUAAGCUGAUCGACUAUGCUUACACCGCCCUGUACUACCAGACAACUGAGGGCACCCCAAUGAUCAACCCGCUCUUCUUCCUGUACCCCGAAGACGAGAACACCUUCGGCAUCCAGGACCAGUGGUUCUAUGGCGACGCACUGCUCAUCUCGCCCGUGACUACCGACUGGGCCGAGAACGUCACGUUCUACAUGCCCAAAGACACCUUCUACGACUAUUGGACCGGCCAACGCGUCGAGGGUCUCGGCACCAACGUGACCCGCACCGGCGUGUCCUGGACUGACAUCCCGGUGCACGUCCGUGGCGGUACGAUCAUCCCUCAACGCGCAAACUCCGCCAACACAACUGCUGAGCUCCGCAAGGAGAACUUUGUGUUCAUCGUUGCGCCGGACGCUAACGGGAAAGCCAAGGGUCGCCUUUACAUUGAUGAGGGCGAGAAGAUCGAGCAGAAGCAGACAACCGAGCUCGACAUCACUUGGGACAACGGGAAAAUCAAGGUCGAAGGCAAAUGGGGAUAUCCUGGACUCAAUGGCGAGAGCAUCAAGAUCGAGUCCUUCAAGGUGCUUGGCCAGGAGGACGUCCAAAUCGGUGACUUGGGUGAGAAUUCCAAGUUCGAUUCGGCGUCUGGAUCGGUCACAGUGCAAGGGUCUUGGAACUUGGAUGCGGACUUUGAGGUGCACAUCUAGUGCACUUCUUUCCUUGGACUUUGUACACCAUAUGUACGACUGAUCAACGCAUGUCAUGAAGGGUUUGGGUUGGAAAACGGCGUUUACGGAGCAUUUGCAUUGGAUGGCGCAUGUUG